AAAAAUCAACCUACCGUACUAUGAAGUUAGAUCUCCCUACCGCCACCUUAGUGUUGGCUGCUAUCUCCCAAGUUGCUGCUUCUCCACUUGUAGUUGAAAAGGUUGGUACCAGAGCCUUAACAACCAGACAAUUAGAAACUCUUACCAAUGCCGUCGCUAACAUUGAACACUACAACUCCAAGCGUGACACCAUGGACUUCUUUGAACUUGCUGAAAGAGAAGUUCAAAUUGUCACUGAUGUUUUGGAAGCUCUUAAGGAUUCCCAAUUAGCUCCAGCUAUUAUUUCUUACAUCAUUUCUGACCCACAAUUAAGUGAAGUUGCUCAACAAGUUAUCAUCUUAACUAUUCAAAGUGGUGUUAUUAGUUUGCAAACUUUGUUAACUUCAUUGAACCAGUCUGGUUUAGCUGUUGAUGUUAUCCACGACUUAAUUAACAACUGUCAAUUCUACAGACAAAUCUUCAAGCUUGUGUUGCAACAAGUUGCCAACUUACCUGCACUUAUUGCCGGUAUUCUUCAUACCAACCCAGUUGAUAUCCUUGAUUUUAUUGGUAAGGUUCUCAAGAGAGAAGAAAAAAAGGAAUAUGUAAAUGAACUUGAGCUUUACACCAGAGACACCCAAGAUGUUGUUACAUCAUUAAUGGAAUCUUUAAAGAACUCCGGUUUAGCUAACCAAGUUGUCAACGCUUUAGUGGUUGAUGACAACUUCUACACCUUCGGUGCUGAAUUAAUUGAAAAAUUGAUUGACAAGGGAUUGAUUUCCGUUACCGAUAUUACCAAGGCUCUUAUCAAAUCAGGAUUGAUUCCAUCUGUUAUCAAGGAAUUCUUGAAGAUUAGUACCUUGAAAGAUGUUAUUGUUACUGCUUUGGCAGCUGCAUUCAACCAAUGUAAGGACAGUGAAGGUGGUACCCCAACCAACCCAACUACUACUACAACGACUACUCCAACAUCUAAACCUACUAACCCUGGUGGUAACCCUAAUUGUAAGAGAAGAAGAAAGAGAAGCAACUAUUAGUUGAUCUAAUGUUCUUACGUUAAGACUUGUUUUUACUUUCGGUACAGUUCUUUUCUGUUUAUGCUUUUUAUAAUACCACUACUUAUUGAAAUUAGUUAGUUAUGUCUUAUUUAUACAAUUUUUAAUUAUAUGAUGUGUUUCUAGAUUGCU